CGUUGAAUACACGCCUCUCUCUACCCCGGACUCCGAGCGACCCCCCAUAUUACAUACUCUAGCGCCUACUUAUACUCUGCCUCAUUUUUUCAUUCCUUCUUCAUCCUAACCACAAUGGAGACUCAACUACCGCCACCUCCAUCCAACGAUAAAGUCGCUCCUCGUCCCUACAAAUGUCCUUAUCCUCUAUGCGGUCGUGCUUUCAGCAGACUAGAACACCAGACUCGUCACAUUCGCACUCAUACAGGCGAAAAACCCUUUGUCUGCACUUUUCCAUCUUGCGAGAAACGUUUCUCCCGCUCGGACGAACUCACAAGACAUUCACGCAUUCACAACAACGAUAAUUCUUUGUCUGGUGCUUCAAAUACCAAAGGUAAACAAAAGGCAAAACAAGAUAUCUCAAUCAUAGAUGAUCACACCGGUCCAGGCAUCAACCUACAUUCCUUGCCUCGCUCAGACCCUCAAGGAACUUCUAUCAGAGUAAAGAAGAAGGCUAGAAGUAGAGCAAAUAGUGACGAUGAGGGUGAAUCAUAUGCCCGUCCAACUUCACUUGCCUCUUAUGAGCCUUCUCACCCAAGGCGCUCACAAACUCAUGUCCCAGUUUCAUCAAACCCUUCCGCUUUUUCAACUCUAUCCAGUCUAGCAAUGGAUGAGCUUUACGCACUCGAACGAGAAGAGGCUCUCCGUCGCGCAGAAUACGAGGCUCGGCAUGCAGAGGCCCUUCGCCGUGCAGAGUAUGAAGCCCGGAACGCCGAGGCCAUCUACUUCCGCGGACGUACAUCAAAAAGCGCUUCCAAUUCCCCGGUCCACUCAACGAUAUCUUUAAAGGGCCCAGCAGCUGAUGGCUAUUUCGGUGUUUCAAGCACCCGUGAUUGGAACGAAGACGAAGACAUCAGAUCUUCAGACAAAUUCAUGCGAGCAAAAAGAAGAAUGAGCGGCCCUGCCUGGCAAAUGACUCCUAUGUCACAAGACCCCCGCUCUAUCCCUGCACUUCAAUCAUACCCCGAAGCUCCCAAACCCCGCACCCUGAACUCAACCCUUCAUCCCCCAGCUUAUCGGCAUCUCGUAACACACGAAGAUUCCCCCUCUCCUUUGAGUUCCGAUUCCGACACUCACGUCACCGCACAACAUCCACAAUCUCGUCCCACAUAUCCCGGCCCUGCAGAGUUCUCCCCACCCUCCGGCAUCAAAGCCACAGAAUUCACCUUCACACCAAGUACAAGUCCAUUCCUCGGCCCACUUCGCACCCUCAAUCUUCAUUCAACCAACCCAUCAAGGGCCCCGUCACCCAUCUCGCUACCCCCUGUGGAUGUGCCUAUCAGCCCUAUAGACGAACCUAUCCGCCAACGCUCCCGUCGUUCCAGCAUCGUCAGCAGUCCCCCAACCCGCGGUGCUUUUUUCCCAGCUUCCCGAAAACAAGGCUCGGGUUCAUUCGAGCCGAUUCCACAUGUAAAAACAUACCCCGGCCAACUCUCUCUUGCUGCCCAAGCCCAAGCUUCCGAGCGAGCCUUACAUAACCUCCCGACGCCCCAACUUUCAAGUGGGCCGAGUAGUAGUGGAAGCAGCCCUGGGAGUUCUACAUAUCCGUUAGUGGGGGGCGGGAUGUACAACUCUAAACCAGUGUUUGAGAGCAGUACGAUGACUACCAGUCCGAGCGGUUCAAGACCCAAUUCGCCCCCCCACCCCCACACGAAUCACCACCUCGCAUAUUCUGUCCGGAUGGCAUUCGGAAUGACGCCCAUUAACGCUAACCACCCACCCCGAAAUACGAGCUGGCCGAAUUCGCAUCAUUUGGGUAUGAAUGGGGGUACGGGUAUGGGGUUUGGUCUGAAAAGCAAGGCUCGGAGUACGACGAAUGUGUUUGCGUCGAGUUCGGUUCCUACCUCGAGGAGUAAUUCGCCGCCUAUUACUCUACCGCCUUUGAAUUUAGGUGCGGGCGAGAGUGCGGUUGAUAGGGAGAAGGGGGCAGAGGGGGACGGGGAGGGGCUUCCGAUGGAUAUGGAUGAGGAUGAGAGCAGUAGUGAUGAUGAAGGGACGUUUAUGAGCACAGGUAGUGAUAGGAGGAAGGUGGAGCUUCCGGGUUUCAAAGAGUUUGAGGCUGCUACGAGAUCCGGGAGGUGAUGUGCUUCCUCCCUUAUUGCUUUUGGUUUUUUUUUGGUUGGUUUGCUCUUUCUUUUUUUUUGGUUCGUGCUCGUUCGCGUUGGUUGAUUCCCCACUGCAAACAAUCUAUUCACACCCACUGCUCCAUCCAACAUCAAUCCACUUCUUAAUACCUUAUUUCCUGCCAUUCCCCUCUCUUUUCACUCAUGUUUUCAAGAACCCCACAUAGAAAGA